AUGGAAGAGAGGGACGAAGAUUCACUCAAAGGAGACUGGACAGGUCUAUUUGCAAUCAAGAUUGGAUCAAAUGCUAGUGGAGGAGGUCAUUCCUCAACUUGUUGGGGAAAAAACAUCAAUGCUAUGCUAACUACGUUACCAAGCCAUGAAGAAAUCAGAAAUGCAGUGUUUAGCUUGAACAAAGAAAGUGCUCCAGGGCCAGAUGGUUUCGGGGCCUUUUUCUUCCAAACAUAUUGGGAUAUAGUUCAAAGAGAAGUGAUUGAUGCUGUGUUACAAUUUUUUACAUCUGGAUGGUUACUUCCAAACUACAAUGCCAACAUCUUGAUUCUCAUUCCAAAAUCCAACAAUGCUGACACAAUAGAGCAAUUUAGACCAAUUGCAAUGGCCAACUUCAAAUUCAAAGUCAUUUCAAAGAUCAUUGCUGACAGGUUAGCACAAAUUCUUCCUACAAUUAUCUCAAAGAACCAAAAAGGCUUUAUUCAGGGAAGGAAUAUAAAAGAUUGUCUUUGUUUAGCCUUAGAAGCUAUUAAUCUUCUACAUAAGAAGUCAUAUGCAGGGAACAUUGCUUUGAAAAAUGAUAUUACCAAAGCCUUUGAUACUUUAGAUUGGAAUUUUCUGUUGAAAGUCUUGAGUUGUUUUGGCUUUAAUGAUACAUUAUGUAACUGGAUAAAGACAAUUCUAGCUUCAGCAACAUUAUCAAUUUCAAUUAAUGGAGCUCAACAAGGAUACUUUUCUUGUUCAAGGGGGGUUAGGCAGGGAGAUCCUUUAUCUCCUCUUUUGUUUUGCCUGGCAGAAGAAGCACUUAGUAGGGGGAUAGACAAGCUGGUGGAAGAGGGUAAGGUGAAGCUGAUCACUAGUUCAAGAAACAUUCAAGUGCCAUCACACUGUUUUUAUGCAGAUGAUAUAAUGAUCUACUGCAAAGGAAAUAUUGAAAGUCUUGAAGCUCUUAGAGAUUUGUUUACAAAGUAUGCUAAUAGUGCUAGUCAAGUGAUAAGCUGCAGGAAAUCAACAAUUUAUUCUGGUGGAAUCUCACCAACUAGACUCCAAAACAUCAUCAACCUACUUGGUUUCACAGUUGGAACAUUGCCAUUCAACUAUUUGGGGGUCCCUAUAUUCAAGGGGAGACCAAAAGCUUGCUAUCUGCAACCUAUAGCAGAUAAGGUGAAGUCCAAAUUAUCAGCCUGGAAAGCAUCAUUAUUGUCAAUUGCAGGAAGAGUACAACUUGUAAAGUCAGUUGUUACUAGCAUGCUGACUCAUACUUUUGCAAUAUAUUCCUGGCCAAUUUCUCUUCUGAAAGAUAUGGAGAGAUGCAUCAAAAAUUUCAUCUGGAGUGGAGACACUUCAAAAAGGAAACUGGUAACUGUAGCUUGUAAAAAGAUUUGCAAUCCUUAUGAGGAAGGUGGAUUAGGGAUAAGAUCCCUGAUAUGUUUGAAUGAAGCAUUCAAUCUCAAGCUUUGUUGGGAAAUGUUAAACUCGGAUGAAGACCGGGCAACACUGUUAAAGAGUAGAGCAAUCAAGAAGAACAAGCCAAUAAUGUAUCAUAUUUUCUCAUCUAUUUGGUCCAACAUUAAAGCAGAAUUCUUGGCGAUCAAAGAACACUCAACUUGGCUCAUUGGAAAUGGGAAUUCAAUCAAUUUUUGGCAAGACAGUUGGUGUGGAGACCCUCUAGUAUCAGUUUUAAAUAUGAACACAAACAUGACAAACAAUCUACCUCAGCUUGUUGAUGAUUAUAUUGCAGGCAGCCACUGGAAUAUUCCUCUUGAUCUACUAGCUUUAUAUCCCCAGUUGAGAUCACUUGUGCUUAAAGUAAUCAUUCCAGUUGAAGAUUUAAAGGAUCAAGUAAUAUGGAAGCAUACAGAAAAUGGUCAGUUAACCCUCAACGAUGCAUAUGCUUUCAAGAAAACUCCAGGAACAAAGAAGCAUUGGGCCUCUACAAUUUGGUGCAAGGAUAUUCCUCCGUCCAAGUCUCUGCUUUCUUGGAGAUUAAUGCAUGACAAGGUUCCCACUGAUGAAAAGCUAAUGGAAAGGGGAUUCCUUGAUAGUAAUCUACACUUUCAAUCCAUGGAGGACAUAUGGAAACUGUGUGAUAGAUCUUGGUCUCAACAAUGCAAAGUGGUGGUUCUAGCUGCAAUUAUAAAUAUCAUGAGUACCAUUUGGUUUGCAAGGAACCAAUUUAGAUUUCAAGGGAAACCUUUCAACUGGAGAAUAGGAAUCAAUAAUAUCAUUGCUGCAAUCUCUUUAACAGUCAUCAAAGAAAUAAUUUGGCAGCCCCCAUAUCAAAACUGGUUGAAGUGCAAUACUGAUGGUGCUGCAACCCCCAAUACCUCCUCUUGUGGGGGAAUAUUUAGAGACUCUGAAGCUGUUUUUAAGCUAGCCUUUGCUGAAAAUAUAGGUGGAGGAACAGCUUUCCAUGCUGAGCUCUCAGGAAUUCUUAGAGCCAUUGAGAUAGCGGACCAAAUAAAUUGGAGGAAUAUAUGGAUAGAAACGGACUCAGCGCUGGUAGUUUUGGCAUUUAAAUCCAUGACUCUUAUUCCAUGUUGUUUGAGAAACAGGUGGAGAAACUGCAAAGGGAUGCUGGAUAACAUGAACUUCAUUGUAACACACAUAUACAGAGAAGGGAAUCAAUGUGCCGAUAGCUUGGCAGCAUGGGGACUGAAUGCUAAUUGUUUAACUGUGUGGACAGAUGUACCCUUGUUUAUCAGAGAAUAUUAUGUUAAGAAUAGACUUGGUUCUUUUAGUUCUAUUAUGUAUUUCAAAGGAGGUUAUGCUUUUAUUUGUUUUUGGUUUUCGAUGGCUGGAAUUUCUAACGAGCAAGAGGUUGUCGCGUCUGAUGUUUCUUGGAUGGGGGAUGAGCCUCUGGAAACGGAAUCGUCUUUUGCCUUGGCCGGAACGGGAGAAAUCCCUUUUAGUCAUGUCGGCGAAAUCGAGGAUUGGGAGGGUAUACUACCGAGUACAUCUGAUAGGGUGUGUUCGGCGUAUGAGGAUCAUGUCUUUCCCAUGUAUGAAGUGGUUUUCAAAGACAUGGGUUUCCGACUUCCCUUCUCUGAUUUCCAAAGGGAGUAUCUAAAAGUUCCCCCUUCCAAAAAUGUCUUCUUCACUAUCUUCACUGUCCAACGGGGAACUGCUUGGGUAUCAUUCCGUCAAAAUAAAGAGAUGUUUGACAUAUUUGCGGGGAAAGUACGGAGUUUCAAAGAGCGUUUCUUCUUGGUGAGGCCGAGGAGCGAAGCAGCUUUGAAUACUCUUUUGCAGGCGGUGAAGGUUGAAGUCCAAGUUUGA